AUGCCCAGGGAACCUCGCAGGAGCAGCAGGGAACCCAGGGACACUCCCACGAACAUCGGCACUUCCAGGGACUCCUUCAGGGGCAUUGGCGCACCUAGGGACACUCCCAGGGACCCUCCCAGGUGUGUCGGUGCUCCUAUGGAGCCUCCAAAGGGUGGUGGGGCCGCCAGGAACCCCCCGAAAAGCGGCAGAGCCCCUUGUGACCCUCCUAAGGGCGGUGGCGCCGCCAGGUACCCUCCCAGGGGCAGCGGCACCCCAAGGGACUUUCACUGGGGCAGUGACGCCCACAGGGACACUCCCAGGGACAGUGGCAAAACCAGGGACCCUCCCAAAGGGCCUUUGGGCGCUGGCGUGUCUGAGAGGGUUCCCGGUAGCGCCGGUGCCCCUGAGAGGGCUCCUGGAGCAGCAACCGCCCUCGGAGGGUCCCUGGGGCACCACCGCCCCUAG